AUGGGGAUCAUCAACUGGGUGCAGAAUCGCCUCAACACCAAGCAGGAGAAGAAACGAUCCGCCGCCGCCGCCGCCGCGGGCGCGAGCUCGGUUCGCAAUGCCCCGGUCCGGGAGAAGAGCUGCCGCGGCCAGGCCGACGACGAGCUCCCCGGAGACUGGAGCAUGCUCUCCAUCGGGACUCUCGGCAACGAGCCCACGCCGGCUCCGGCGCCGGCGCCAGAUCAGGCGGUGCCGGACUUCACCAUCGAGGAGGUGAAGAAGCUGCAGGAUGCGCUGAACAAGCUACUCCGGCGCGCCAAGUCCAAGUCCAGCUCCCGCGGCUCCACCGCCGGCGCCGGCGACGAGGAGCAGAACCUGCCGCUCGACAGGUUCCUCAACUGCCCCUCCAGCCUCGAGGUCGACCGGCGGCUCUCGCUCAGGCUGCAGGGCGCCGACGGCGGGCAGAACGGGGAGUUCUCGCCGGACACGCAGAUCAUACUCAGCAAGGCCAGGGAGCUCCUCGUCAGCACCAACGGCAACGGCGGGGGCGUCAAGCAGAAGUCCUUCAAGUUCCUCCUCAAGAACAUGUUCGCCUGCCGGGGCGGCUUCCCGCCGCAGCCCAGCCUCAAGGAUCCAGUGGAAACAAAACUGGAGAAGUUGUUUAAGACGAUGCUUCAAAAGAAGAUGAGCGUCCCUCGCCCGAGCAACGCGGCAUCGUCAUCGAGGAAGUAUUACCUAGAGGACAAACCAAUGGGAAGGAUCCAAAUGGAUGGUCGCCACGACGAGGAGGAGGAAGAGGAUUACAAUGAUGAAGAUAUCUUCAAGUGGGACAAAACAGAUUCAGAUUUCAUUGUUCUAGAGGUGUAA